GCAGACAGAGCCGUUGAUUUGGCUUUAAGGCUCUGUGUGAAGUCAGGCGCUGUCAUGUCUUCAGAGAAAAGCUCCCGGUGAGGCAGUCAAGCGGGUUUCGGUUGGUCAAUGUUCAUGAGGGUGAACACCGGCGGGAGGUGACGGAAAACAGGCACCACUCAGUGUGGGUGUGUGUGUGUUGUGUGUGUGAGGGGGAAACCAGCGGAGACGAGGUUUAGAGACGCAAAACCCCGGAACUUGAAACGGUCGGAAACGAGCUAACGUCAGCUAGCUUUUCGUUGACAGUGUAUUUGCUGUCAAAGCAGCCGGAGCUCACUCAGACUCGGAGGACGGAAGGCGGAGGCUUCUUCUCACGUUGUGCUCUCAUUUUCCAGCCUUCCGGGCUUUUAUUCACACAGCAAAGCCUCUGGAGUUUCCGUCACUUUUUUUAACCACUUGUGGAUCUAGACGAUGGCAUCAAGAGGGGGCUUCCCGGCUCCUCAGAUGAAUCCGACUCUGAGCCCCAUGAAUGUUGGCCAUGUCGCGGGCAUGAGGAUGCCUGGUAUGCCGCAGUCUCCCGCGGGUUACCCCCGGAGCAUGAGCAGCGCUCCUCAGUACCACCAGAGGUCUGGGAUGCCACCUGGCAGAGUGGGGGGCCUCAUGGGGUCGAUGGGGGGUCAGAUGCCCGGUCCUUCUUACGUUGGUGGCAGCAUUCCUAUGCGGCCAGGCAUGGGCCAUCAUGGCAUGGAUGUGUCAAGGAAGCGUUUCCUUCACCAGCAGCAUCAACAGCAGCAUGAUGCGCUGGGAGGCCUGAGAAGAGGAGCAAAAAGGCGCAAAAUGGCCGACAAGGUUCUCCCACAAAGGAUCCGAGACCUGGUCCCGGAGUCUCAGGCCUACAUGGAUCUUCUGGCCUUUGAGAGGAAGCUGGAUCAGACCAUCGCUCGAAAACGCAUGGAGAUUCAGGAGGCCAUCAAGAAGCCGAUCAUGCAAAAGCGAAAGCUUCGGAUCUACAUUUCCAACACUUACACUCCCAGCAAGCCCGAGGGUGAGGAAUCUGAGAAAGUGUCCUCCUGGGAGCUGAGAGUGGAAGGCAAACUGCUGGAGGAACCUGGUAAGCAGAAGAAGAAGUUCUCCUCUUUCUUCAAAAGUCUUGUGAUUGAGCUCGAUAAGGAGCUUUAUGGACCUGACAAUCACUUGGUCGAGUGGCACAGAAUGCCCACCACUCAGGAGACUGAUGGUUUCCAGGUGAAAAGGCCAGGCGAUGUGAAUGUGAAAUGCACUCUUCUGCUCAUGCUUGACCACCAGCCCCCACAGUACAAACUAGACCCUCGUUUGGCCCGUCUUCUGGGUGUGCACACGCAGACCCGGGCCAACAUCAUGCAAGCUCUCUGGCUCUACAUCAAGAACAACAAGCUGCAGGACAGUCACGAAAAGGAGUACAUCAACUGCAACCGCUAUUUCAGACAGAUCUUUGGCUGUCCACGCAUGAGGUUCUCUGAGAUUCCCAUGAAACUGGCGGGCCUGCUGCACCACCCUGACCCCAUCAUCAUCAAUCACAUCAUCAGUGUGGACCCCACAGAUCAGAAGAAGACAGCCUGUUACGACAUUGACGUAGAGGUGGACGACCCUCUGAAAGCCCAGAUGAACAGCUUCCUGUCCUCCACCACCAACCAACAGGAAAUUGCAGCUCUUGAAAUGAAGAUUCAUGAAACAAUUGAGUACAUCAACCAGCUUAAAACUGAGAGAGACUUCAUGCUGAGCUUUAGCAAUAAUCCACAAGAAUUCAUCAAGGACUGGUUGAAGUCUCAGUGCAGAGAUCUGAAGCUGAUGACGGAUGUAACAGGAAACCCAGAGGAAGAGAGGAGGACUGAGUUUUACGAGGAACCCUGGGUUCCAGAAGCAGUGGGCAGAUACGUUUAUUCCAAAGUGCAACUGAGGAGGCAAGAGUUGGAGCAAGUGUUGGGCAUCCGACUCACCUAAAAACACAUUCUAGAGUCAUCACAGCCAAAUGUCUGCUUAGGUUAGCUCAUACAAUGUUAAUAUCUGCUUAUUUGAAACUGGAAAUCGAUCAGCCAUUUUUGCAGGUUAAAUGUUCAACAAGGCCUUCUCUUACCAAGAAUGUGGAACAAAAAUGAUUUAUGUGUUAUUUAGUAAUGUAUUUGCUUGCAUUGUCUGUCAUUGUGAGCCUUUUUUUAAACAAAUGUGCCUUGUUUUACAUGUUCUAUUAUAUGGUACAGAAUCCUGAAAACCGAUAAGUGCUGGUGCUGUUUUUUUUUUUUUUUUUUUUACCAUUUGACUGUGUGCUUUAUUUAAAGGGGUCUUUUCUCAUAUUUUAAAAAGCAGUGACCUUUAGAUAUCGAAAGUGCCCACGUCUGAUAACAAAUGCUUUAAAGCAUUGCAAAAAUUGCCAUUCCAUUUUGAUGUAUAUGAUGUUGUACCUAAAAACAUUCAUUUUUACAGAAUUGUUUGGCUUUUAUCCAUUUUAAAAAAGAAAACACCGGAACAGGAAACCUUUUUUAUGCAAAAGUAUAUUUGAGUAGUAUGUGCUGUUUAUGUUUUUGAUAUUCUUUCAACAUUUGAUAUGUGACAGGGCAGGAUUGUCCACAUGAGAAAGCAUUCGACUUCAUUGGCUUUCUCUAUUACCUUUUGAAGUUUUACAUGCUAUUUUUCAUUGUUUGUGUUUGUCAUUGUUUUAAGACCAAAAAGACGAACCUUGGCAUACUUUGUUGAUGUUUAUUAACAAUUAAUAUUGCAAAGUUAAAUGUUUCAGAUCAACAAAAAGAACUUGUGAAGAGUUUAACUGAAAUGCUCGGUUAAUGCUGGUGUCAAAGUUUUGAAUCAUUCCACCUUAUUGUGCCAAAAUGGGUUUUGUGAAUGAGAAAUGUGUACAAGUAUUUUUGUACAGCUUCUUUGUAAAAGUUUUGCUUAUUGUUUGUUCAAAAGUCUUUAUCUUUUAUAUAUUUGAGGUAUCUUUCAAUAAAAGUACUUGCAAAUGUU